AUGACCACAGAAAAUACUUACAAAUUUGAAGUUAACCCCAUGACCUGUCAAAGUUGUUACCGGUCUGUCAACACGCUCUUAGAUAGUAUUGAGGCUGUCUCAAAACACACGAUUGACCUUUCAAAAAAAACCGUCGAAGUUAAAACAACACUUUCAUCUGAUGAGAUAAUUAAUAAAAUGAAGGGAAUUGGAAAAGAAGCAGUUCUAGUUAACUAA